CCACUCACACACUCAACGCUGGAAAAGUGAGCGUGGCACAGUCCAGCAGCAAUGGAUAACUGACCAACUAGGGGUAGCAGGCUCAUAGAACACCUACUCUCUUAAAGAUUCAGUACUGCACUGAAGGUGAAAUGGCAAGCCUGCAGUCUCUUAUUUGCUCUGUUUCCAAACAAUUGAUUGCUCCAAAUUGUACAGCUCCUGCCCGGCUGAAUGGGGCUCCUCCAUCGGUUGUCAAUGCAAGCUCGAGCAAAGCAUCCUUCGAUGAGAAGACUGUCACGAAAAGGCGUUUAGCUUUGCUUGGUGCUGGAGCGUUAGCCACAGGACUACUGAAGACAAGCUCUGCAUUUGCUGAAGAUGUACCAAAGAAUUACAAGUCUUACGUAGAUGCAAAAGACGGAUAUUCAUAUCUUUAUCCAGCUGAUUGGAGGGAUUUCGAUUACUUGGGUCACGAUUCAGCUUUCAAAGAUCGUAAUGUGGCACUGCAAUGUGUCCGUGUGGGAUUUAUUCCUACUGAGAAAACAGAUAUUCGUGACCUAGGACCAAUGGAUGAGGCAAUCUUCAACUUGGUAAACAACGUUUAUGCCGCCCCAAAUCAAAUACCGAUGAUAUAUGGCAUGCAAGAGCGCACGGUGGACGGCAAGAACUACUGGACGUUUGAGUACGAUCUGGAGGCUCCGGGCUACGGGGUGUCUGCGUUUGCCACAGUAGCCAUUGGAAACGGGCGGUACUACACGCUGAUCGUCACUGCGAACGAGCGCCGAUGGAGCAGGCUGCGGAACAGGCUCAAAGUCGUCGCGGACUCCUUCAAGCUCUCCGAUUUGACCGCGUGAUUGCUCACUUUGUUAACUGUAAUGCAAUGUACGUGUCAUGAGUCAUGGUAUAGGCACUUGCUGAUGAGAAACGCCCAUAUCCUUC